GGCGGCUAUCCGGCACGUCUGAAGAAAGUGUUGAUUGUGACGGCGCCGCUGUGGUUCAAGGCGCCGUUCAAGAUACUUCGCCUGUUUGUGCGCGAGAAGCUGCGCGAGCGGGUGUUCACUGUAUCGGUGCCGCAGCUGAGCCUGCACGUGCCGCGCAAGGCGCUGCCUGUGCAUCUUGGCGGCACGCUGGAAAUCGAUCACGCCACAUGGUUGCUGAAUUGCCGCAAAUCGAUGACGAAUCGUGAAGACGAACUGCUUGCCAAUAUUGUCGGCGUGGGUGUGGGCGUGGGCGUGCCACCAGCAACGACAGCAGCAAACACCUCGGCCGCCGCGUCGCCAUUGACGAACGGCAGCAGCGCUGCCAGCGCCGUAGCAGCCACAAUCAUCAGCGCCGUGCACCAGUUGGCCGAGAGCAACACAACCGUUGUCACCGUCAGCGGGGAGCACGGCAGAACGGGCGGCGGCGGCAGCGGCAGCAGCGAGGAGUCGGAGCCCAACGAGAACAUCACAAUCAACGGACUGAGUCCCAGCCAUCGGACGGCGGCGUCUGCGGGCACGGCCGGCUCUCUGCUCAAGCUAAAUACCAGCGGCAUUCAGCAGAGUAACGGUACUGCUGCAGUUAGCAUUGCGCCGACAGCAGCAGCAGCAGCAGCAGCAGCAGCAGGAGCAACAACAGCAACGGCAGCAGCAGCAGCAGCAGCAGCAGCAGCGACGGCAGCUGACAGCGCCGCUGGCGUGGCCAGCAACGGCAGCGCAGCCGAGUUCUGGUCGGAAAAUCCGCCGAGCAGCGCCUCAUCCGGCUUCAGCGACGAUGACAGCCUGGCCGGGCAGGAGGGUGAUCCGAAGACGAUCGAGCAGAUCGUGCAAAUGGUGCGUGAACGGGGACGCCAGGGCCUAAUCAAGGAGUAUACGGAAAUAAGGAAUCGGGCGCCCGAGGGCACCUUCCUGCAUGCGCGCAUGCGCAACAAUCUGACCAAAAACCGUUACACAGAUGUCCUCUGCUACGAUCACAGUCGCGUGGUGCUCGCGCACGAGGAUGAGGACGACCUGUCCGACUACAUCAAUGCCAAUUUCGUUGAUGGCUACAAGCAGAAGAACGCCUAUAUUUCAACUCAAGGUCCAUUACCAAAGACAUCCCAGGACUUUUGGCGCAUGAUCUGGGAGCAGCAUUGCUUAGUUAUAGUUAUGACAACGCGCGUGAUGGAGCGCGGACGUGUUAAGUGCGGCCAAUACUGGGAGCCGACUGAAGAUAGUUCCUUGGACUUUGGCAAUUACCAUGUGCGAACCAUAAGCGUCGAGAGCAAUGAGGACUACACCGUUGCAUCCCUAGAAUUGAGAAACCUAAAGACUGACGAAAUUCGCAAUGUGUCACAUUGGCAGUUCACCAGCUGGCCGGACUAUGGUGUGCCCAGCUCGGCGAUGGCGAUGCUGAACUUCCUGCAGAAGGUGCGGGACAAGCAGGCGCAGCUGGUGCGCGCCCUCGGCGACACCUGGGCUGGACAUCCGCGCGGACCGCCCAUUGUGGUGCACUGCAGCGCUGGCAUUGGACGCACCGGCACCUUCAUUACGCUGGACAUCUGCAUAUCACGGCUGGAGGAUGUGGGCACGGCGGACAUACGCGGCACCGUGGAGAAGAUCCGUUCGCAGCGCGCCUACUCCAUACAAAUGCCGGAUCAAUAUGUGUUCUGCCAUUUGGCGCUGAUCGAGUACGCCUACUCGCGGGGCAUGCUGCAGACGGUCGAUCUGGCGGGAUUCGAUGAGCGGGAGCAGGAUUCCGAGUAGGGCUUUAACACACACACACA